CCGCCGGUCAUGGCGGGUGGGUGCGGGAGGUGGCGGGUGAGGCUGUGCGCGGCGGCUGUGGGACUGAGCGCGGCGGUGCUGGCGCUGACGGCGGCGGUGCUGAUCCGCGCCUACGCGCUGCGAUCCCCGGCCAUCCCGCGGCUGUGGGAACGGCGCGGGGGAACGGCCGCUUUUAGUAUCGGAGAGAGGUUGGAACUGAAGGAAACGCUGCGAGGUGCUGUUAAAAUCCCGACUGUUUCCGUGUCUCCAGAGGACUUAAAUGCAACCGCCAUGGCAGAAUUUGGGGAUUACAUUCAGAAAGUUUUCCCAGCUGUAUUUUCUUCCAAGUUCAUUCAACACGAAAUUGUUGGGGAGUACAGCCACCUCUUCACAGUUCAGGGUUCUGACUCUGAAAUGAUGCCCUACAUGCUGCUUGCACACAUGGAUGUUGUGCCUGCUUCCCCUGAGGGUUGGGAUUUCCCUCCUUUCUCAGCUGCAGAACAUGAAGGUUUCAUCUAUGGACGAGGAACUCUGGACAACAAAAACUCUGCCAUUGGGAUUCUGCAAGCUCUAGAAUUCUUACUGAGAAGAAAUUAUAGACCCCGCAGGUCUUUCUACAUUGGCAUUGGCCAUGAUGAAGAGGUGUUUGGUCGGAAGGGAGCAGUGAAGAUUGCAGCUCUGCUGGAAUCCAGAGGAGUGAAACUCUCCUUCUUGCUGGAUGAGGGAAGCGCCAUACUGGACGGUAUCAUUGCGGGCAUGAAGAAGCCAGUAGCUCUAAUUGCUGUCACAGAAAAAGGUUCAAUAACACUGAACUUCACUGUGGAAAAAGAGCCAGGACAUUCAUCCUUCCCUCCAAAAGAGACAAGUAUUGGCAUUCUUGCAACAGCAAUGUCCAGACUGGAGCAGAAUCCCAUGCGCAAUCUGUUUGGCUAUGGUCCGGAACUCAUGACUAUGGAGCACCUUGCAUCAGAGUUCAAUUUUCCUCUCAAUCUCAUCAUGAGCAAUCUCUGGCUGUUUUCACCUAUUGUCAGCAGAGUUCUUGCCUGGAAACCUUCCACUAAUGCCUUGAUUCGAACUACUACAGCAGUCACAAUGUUUAACGCAGGAAUCAAGCUCAAUGUCAUCCCAUCAUCUGCAAGAGCAACUGUGAACUUCCGGAUCCACUCUGCAGAGAAGGCCAUUGAGGUGCUAGAGACAGUUAGAAACACAGUUGCUGAUGACAGAGUGAAGAUUGAUGUCGUAGAGGCCUUUGACCCUCUUCCCAUCAGCCCAUGGGAUGACCAGACCUUUGGAGUCCAUGUUUUUCAAAGAACCAUUCUGGAUACUUUUCCAAAUGUUGACAGUGUAGUCCCAGGCACGUGUAUUGGAAACACAGACAGCAGGCAUUUCACUAACGUCACAGAUGCCAUUUAUCGAUUCAACCCAGUGCUCUUGAAGUCAGAUGAUCUUCCCAGGAUCCAUGGGUUGAAUGAGAGAAUCUCGGUUGAGAGUUAUGAGAAACAGGUCGAGUUUCUCUUUCAGCUCAUUAAGAACUGUGAUGUUGACAAGCUUCCGGAGCCUCACGCAAACUCUCAUGAGCUGUGAGACAAAAACCCAAGAGGAAAAGCUGCUGAGGUGGACUUUGGGAUGGCAGAGGUCUGGGCCAUAAGCAGCAGUUGUGUGUUGCACAUUGAGUGAUGUCUGAAGUUUGGUUUUACAUACUGUGGUUUACAUACAGAUGGAAACACUGCUGGUUUGCAGCUCCAGGCAAACAUACAGUUUGCUGUUAAGUGAUAAUAAUAGGGACAAAACACAACCACCCAGAUCUCUGUGCAUCCCUGGGCUUACGUGCAGCCAUUAAUCUGAUAUUAUUAAUUUUUUCAGCAUUUUCUUCAGUCUUUAAGCCUCUGAAAUUGGAAGUCACUUAAAAAUCAAAGCUGUAAUUUGUAGUCAUUCAUGCAUCGUUAAAAGAGGCUGAUCUUCCAAUGUCAAAGUUGUCUUUUACAGUUAAUUAGUUUUCACAAAUGAUGUGCCUGUCAGAAGCUGGUGUGAGGAGAACAUGAUGGGGUGUAGAUUGGAUGUCAUUGGAUACAGCUGCACUAAGAGGCUGUUGCACUGCUGAGGGUGUGGGCUCCUUUCCCAGCUGAUCCUUAUAACCAGCAUCAGUGGUACUCUCAGGUGAUGCCAGGGUGAAAUUGAUACUGCUGUUUUCUAACUGAUUUCUGAUUGUAGCUUAAAAUGCUGAGCUUUGGGGGGUUUUAGCAAUGUUGCUUUAACGUUGCUAACCUGAUCUAUGCGGUGCUAGAGAAGUUUUUUCCUCUCUUUUCUGUGACUCUCUCUGUCUCUCUCUAGUAAGGCCCAGGAUAUGUUGUGAUGCUGAGUGUCUGAGUAAGGAAACGUGGCUUUGAACAGGUAAACUAAACCAGUACUGCCUGACCGUCCUGUUUCUUUUUUCACUGAAUCUGUUUCUGUAGCAUUCCUCUUUUCUUCCCCAGAGAACUUCUUUGUGAAAGUUGGUGAAGCUCUCCCAUUUCCUCCAGUUCAGAGGGAGCAGAGCCUUCUCUCCACCUUUAUGGCCUAUUCUUCUACUUCUCACUUUACCUGCUGCUUCUAUCGACUCAGCUUUCUGGGAAGUCUAAUAUGCACAGGCCAUUGAUAUUGGCUGUUUUUAUUUCUUCUUGCACUAGCAUGCCUGUCUUUGUUGGCACUAAAGGGUUAAAUAUUUUCUUGGCCUCAACAGUCUGUUCAGUUGGAGUUACUGCUAUUUGUUAAAGAAUUCAGAACUAGGAAUUAGCCAAAGAAAAGACUGUGUGUAGGCUGUUUUCUUGCACUGACAUGCAGACUCUGCUAUAGGAAGGAGGCAAACCUUCUGUUGCACUGUUGCAGAGAUGUGUCUUUUUUUCUGAGUAUGAGUGAUAGACUGGAAUUGGAUGGUUGUUCUGCUCAUAAUUCAUAGUGCAAAAUGUGCUGGGAUGUGCAGGAAAUACCCAAGAAUGUAUCCUGAAAAACAGUAGAACUGUGAUUCCUGAUACCCAUUCACCAUUUUCUAUUUAUUUGCAGUCUGAUCUUAUCAGUAUUGCCAAUGGGCUGAACUGUCUCAAGCUAUUAAAUAACUGAAACCAAAUCAGCACUUUUAUCUAAUAAAGCAGUGAAUGCAGAUUCUUUUCAUGAUUAUUAUUUAGUUUUAUGAUGUACCUUUAUAAUUGCAAUGAAAUCAUUUCCACACCUGAUUCUACAGCAGAGCGAGUCAUAAAGUUUCCAUCAAAACAAUUCCACGUAUUUUUCCAGCCUGCUUUAGUCUUUGUACCCUCCUUGGUGUUCUUUUUAUACAAAAAUUAGCUAACUCUGUUUAUGUGUUACUGGGUAGUAACAUAAAGGGUUAGGUGGUGUCUUGUGGUCCCUUCAAUCUUAACUGUUCUGAUUCUGUUGUAGGGAUCAUGUUGCAAAAAUCCUAUCUUAGGCCAUGCUGUUGUGCAGUGGAGAUGGUGUUGUGGUGUUUGGGAGGGAUUUGUUGCCUGUUCUAAUAGCAAAUGAGCCCUAAAGACAUAAAGCAUCCUUUAUUCUUUUGUAAUUUCCUAUCCCCAAACAAAAAUCCCUUAUCAGCUGUGUUUUGGUGAGGGCUGUUUCUUUAAAAGCAAUUCAUUUCAAGAUUCAUUUUGCUGCUGAAGAAAAAGUGAAGAGCAAAGCAGUUCUGGGAAGGCAUGGUUGCUUUUGGCAGGUAAUGUGCAAAUGUGUGCCAUGAGGUUUUGCUAAUGCAUUUCAUUGCAGAACCUCAUUAAUUACUGCUCAUCAUGCAGUGCCUCUGCAAUGUGCAAAUGUUCAGCAGAGCUUUGUUGCAACCUGAAGCCACUCAACUGAAAGCCUCAUCCAUCAGGAUGUAAUGGUGGAAAGCAUGUUUCCCACCUUUCUCCAUUUCUUUCCAGUCAUUUCUGCUUUUUUUUUCCUGUGUAGCAGCUUUGCUUUUGUAUUCCCAGCUGAUUAGCAGCCAUGCCACGCUCAUCUGGCCCAAUUCUGAAGGAUUGAUCAGUGUUUGGUGUCUGCACACCUCUUCUGACAGAGCAGUUUUUCUUCCCUGCUCCUUUUUCUGUUCAUAUGAUAUGCUCUCCAGGAAUGUCUCUCAUCUUAGUGUCAUCAUGUAAAUAAAAACGUAAGGAUGAUGCUUUAGCCUUUUCUGCUAAGAUCUCAUACUUUGUAUAGCAUAAGUAAUUGCUUGGUAAUAUCAAGUUCACCAUCACAAAUACAGAUUAAUAGCUCUGGCUUUUUUUUUUUUGUAAUGAGUCACAGUGCUCUGGUCAUUUAGGGCAAUUACCUCUGAUUCAUCAUAGAAGUAAAAGCCUGAUUUUCUGUUCUGAAGACACGUAACUUGGCAUUAUAUCUAACGGGGUUGUGAAUGCUGUUUGCAUUAGUCAGAUUCCAGUACAUUAACAUGUUCCUGUGUUAAAGCCAUAGUAACUUCCUGCUUUAUAGGCAAGUUUACAGAGCUGCCAUUCUUCUGACAGUGGUUUCUCACAGCAGCAGGUCUGUUGCUCAGAAGUAGCAGCCUGCUUGCUAGCACCCCAGCUGAUGGAGGGUCAUAUGUGCCUGCAGGAGGAUGGUGAGAAGGUCAUACUCCACACCUGCACUGUCUAAAGAAAACUCUGUUGCUAGCAUCUAUUUAAAACAACAUGGUUUAUUUUGAGACCUGAGUGACCAUGGAGAGUUCAGGCACGGGGCUGAAGAAGAAUGCAGGAACAAGGUGUUUACAGAGUUGUUUCCCUCCAGCCUUACAUUUGGUACAUGUUCUUGGCUCCUCUUUGCCAUUUUGUUUGCUGUUUCACUGGUGAAUCUGUUUGCUCAAGCAGGUACUAUGAGAACAGUGCAGGCUGUGCCAUCACCAAGCCCUGGUCUUGUCAGUGCCACAGAGCAAGGUGCUUAAGGUAGAUGUGAGGGGCAAAUUCUUCACUCAGAGGGCAGUGAGGCCAUGGAGAAAUGUUGCUGCCCCAUCCCUGGAGAUGCUACCUGGAUGAGCCCUGGGCAUCCUGAGCUGGUGGGGGGGCAGCCAGCCUACUGUGGGGAAUUUGGGUGUCUUUAAGGUCCUUUCCAACCUAAACCAUUCUAUUGUACACUGAGGAGCUUGGAGGAUGAACCCAGCAUUGACCUUUGCACUGCAUGCAGUCUUCAGCAGCAGCAGAGUGCUUGCUGGCACUCAGAAACACAGCCAGGAGUUUGUCAUUUUAGUCCCUAGAUUCAGCUCUUAAAGAAAUGACACUGCCUUCACCUCUGAGGUCUCUUACAGCACUACCAGUCGCAUGCCACCAUCUCUCAGCGCUCAUAGCAAAGCCUAGAGGUAUUCAGCAGUGCUGCCCUGGGAUUUAUUGGCUUUAACCAAACAACACAGACGAGGCAGGCAGCGUGUGGUCAGCACUGCCAUGCAGGGGGCUCAGCUCCACUUCCACAGCUGCCAGGGCGGCUGUGAUCAAGAGCUCAGCGUGGGGGGGAAGGGAGUGCCCUGCCCUGCACUGCAGAGAUCUUGCUGACUGAUUUCAGAGCUGGGAUGGGGGGCCCCAAAGGAAGCUGCACUCAGUUCUGAGCAGGAAGGAAAAUGACUGCAUGGAAGGGUGUUUAGUGCAACGGGUGGAAGACAAAGAGUGAAUGCACUUCUGUGUUGGCUUGUGCCUGGGCAGUGGGGUGUGAGGGGCAAUGUGCAAGUCACGAAGCAUAUCCCAGGAUGCUUUUUGGCAUAUCUUUUCUUUUAUAACUUUAAUCCAGCAUAAUUAUGUGGCUUACUGUAGCCAUGUGAGCACUUGGAUCGUUGAGCACUGUGCCUAAUAGUGCACUACUGGGACAGCCACACGGAGGAGCCUGGCUGCACUUCAGUUACUUCUCUAAGUAAUCAGAAAGCUCCUUCUAGCUCAUGGCAAUAAUCCUCUGCUCAGGGGUUGUGCUCACUGCAUGGCAGUGCUGAGGUUCUCUGCAUGCUCUCUGUCUGGCUAGCACAGCUCUACCAGCUGAUUUUUGUGUUUUCUGUUUGAUAAAGGUGAUUAGAGAGAGGCAGCAGCAGGUUACUGUCAUAGACUGAUCCAGAGGCCACAGCAAGGGAGUUGAGCUCCUCCAGAAAGCUUACAAGAGGGAAUCUGAAAGGUUGGUUGUUUCUUUUUCUAGCCACUUUUUCAGCCACUACAUCUGUUAUGUACAUAUCCAAACUACAUUUAAACUUUGUAGCUUCCCUACUGACCGUACUCUAACUUUGGUACAGGACUGAUUUCAGCCUACCUGUCAAGCCUGUGCAAGUAUUUUGGAGGAGUAAUGUGCCCUGCAGCACUUUUAUCCUUCCAAGUCCACUUGGAUACUUAAAUCUUGUUACUGCAGUACUGUGUAGUUGUACUAAGGCACCAGAAUUAAUCCAGUGUCACCUUUGGGCUGUUGGGAAGUGAAAGGAUCUUUAUGGAGUGGAGAGUCAAGAGGUGAUUCUCACUUCUCCAUCCCAGCAGCCUUGUGCUGUUAGUCCUUUUUUCACCUUAAUUUCAGAAUAUAAAUGAAUUUGCAGCUUAUAUCCGGAGCAAAGCAGCAAUGAGAGGCAUGUCCUCAGUCCCCACGUGGCAGGUGUCUGUGCUGUCACUGGGUCAGCAGCUGUGACACAGGAACCUCUGCUCUGCAGCACGGGAAGCCAAAACCUUCCAGCUCCUCUGUGCCAGGUGCUCUCCCAUGGCUGAAAGCCCUCAGGAUGUUCCUGGCUGAGGGCAACCUGUGUUUGUUGCAGCGGACGCAGCACGUGGGUGACACCUGAGUGCAGUUGAGAGAUGUGGUUUAAUCCUCGAGAAAAAGGAUGGUGAUGGUUUUGUUUGUUUCCAGGCUAGAAAACAAAAUUCCAUGAGCUGCAUUUCUUCUUCCAGAUCAGGGCCAGAUCAGGGCCAGCUUCCAGUGUUGCCUGCCAUUGUGAACUGUUUGCUCAGGACUGACGUCUGCAGGGGUGCAUAAG